CGUUGAUUGCAAAUGGAGGUGCAAGGCACAGACGUUUUGCAUUCGAUAAGUUUUGUAUAAAUUCGUCCAAGAAAAGAACAAAUGCUCCACUCGCUUGCCGUUUUUGGCGCGAGUAAGAACAUCAUCUAAAAAUUAUUAUCUAUAAUAUUUCCUUUUUAAAUUAAUUAAUAUAUAUAUUUUUGUUAGUGUGUUUAUGUUUUGUUAGGAUUGUUAAAAAAACAUGAGUCAAGAUCAAAUGAACAAGGGAUUUGAUCCCAGUCCUGAAACACUGCCGCCCAUCACAAACGGCUUUGACAAGAAGAAUAUUAGUGAGAUGCCUGAUAAAAUGAAUAAUCAUAAUUACGAGGGAAAAGAGAAAAAGGAUUUGGAAGAUGACCAACCGGAAAGAGCAAUGUGGGGUAACCAGCUAGAGUUCCUCAUGUCUUGUAUAGCGACGUCAGUGGGGCUGGGCAACGUGUGGAGGUUCCCUUUCGUUGCGUACCAGAACGGUGGCGGAGCAUUUCUUAUUCCCUACAUCAUUGUGCUCAUCCUGAUCGGCAAACCGAUGUACUACCUAGAGGGCGUGCUAGGACAGUUCAGCUCGAGAAAUUCUAUCAAAGUUUGGUCAAUGACACCGGCAAUGAAAGGUACCGGAUACGCUCAAGCUCUGGGAUGUGGAUACAUUUUGUCAUACUACGUGUCAAUCAUAGCUUUGUGCUUGUACUAUCUAUCAAUGAGUUUCCAAUCUACCCUACCUUGGGCCAUCUGUAACCCGGAAUGGUUAAACUGCGUGCCAUCCGAAUUGACAGAGAAUAUCGUUCUAACAGAAAAUUCGACGAGCAGCGCCGAAUUAUAUUUUGUAAAAACUGUACUUCAGCAAAGUGACGGAAUCGAAGGUGGACUCGGUGCUCCUAUUUGGUACUUGACGCUUUGCCUCCUCGCAUCAUGGGUCAUUAUUUUCCUGAUCGUGGCUCGCGGGGUGAAGAGUUCAGGCAAAGCCGCCUACUUCCUUGCGCUCUUCCCUUACGUCGUCAUGAUCAUUCUUCUCAUCAGUACUUCAAUUCUUCCGGGAGCGGGCACUGGUAUAUUGUUCUUCAUAACACCCCAAUGGGACAAACUUCUUGAACUCGAUGUGUGGUACGCGGCGGUUACUCAAGUGUUCUUCUCGCUGUCCGUGUGCACUGGAGCCAUUAUUAUGUUCUCCUCUUACAAUGGCUUCAGGCAAAAUGUAUACAGAGACGCUAUGAUUGUGACUACCCUGGACACAUUCACUAGUCUACUCUCGGGUAUUACAAUUUUUGGCAUCCUCGGCAACCUAGCUUACGUAUUAAAUCAAGAAGUCAAAGAUGUGGUCGGCACGGCUGGCACGGGCUUGGCGUUCGUGUCGUACCCUGAUGCUAUUGCUAAAACUUUCCAGCCACAGUUGUUUUCAGUGCUGUUCUUCCUGAUGAUGACUGUGUUGGGUGUGGGCUCCGCGGUGGCUCUCUUGUCCACCAUCAAUACGGUGCUGCUCGACUCGUUCCCUCGAGUGCCCACCAUCAUUAUGUCGGCCUUCAGUUGCUCUGCAGGAUUUCUCAUCGGUCUUGUUUAUGUCACACCGGGUGGGCAGUACAUCUUGGAAAUGGUCGACCAUUACGGUGGCACAUUCCUUAUAUUGUUCUGCGCAAUUGCUGAAGUCAUUGGCGUGUUCUGGCUCUAUGGUCUAGAAAACUUAUGUCUCGAUAUAGAGUUCAUGUUGGGCAUCAAGACAUCUGUGUACUGGAGAUUCUGCUGGGGUCUGAUCACCCCCGCUAUGAUGAUAGUCGUGUUUGUGUACGCGCUAGCGACGAGCACCGAACUCGUCUUUGGUGUGGAUUACUACUAUCCAGUUGCUGGCACUGUUGCUGGUUACCUCAUGCUGUUUGUGGGCGUGGCUUUGGUUCCUAUCGGUAUAGUUGCAGUGAUGUUCAAGAACAGGACUGGUAACUUCGUCGAAACAUUGAAACAAUCGUUCCGUCCCAAGUCGACGUGGGGUCCGCGGUCCACGAUAACCCGCAACGAGUGGACUCUGUACAAGAAGGACGCGAUGGCGGAGCGCGAGAAGCUGCAAGUCGGCUGGUUCACUCACAUUUGGCUCAGUCUCUCCAAAGGAUAUGAAAGACGACUUUAGUUCAUUUUAUGGACGUUUUAGAAGAUAUCUGUUUGCCCAUAUUUAUCAGUACUAAGUGAUACCCUUAGUGAACAUCUUGUUUAAGAAAUAAACAGUAAGAGACUAUUAAUGUUUGUGUUGGGUAAUAGGUAUUGAAGGGGUAGCUGCUGUUUUAAAAAUUACUAAAAACAUUGGAUUAAUGUAAAUUAGUUAAGAUUAAUUGUUGCCAACAAAAAUUCAUAUUUUUAUAUCAUCAAAAUUUUCAUGUCAGAUUUUAAAGCUUGUUCCGUUUCCUAACUAAAUUUACCUAACUAGUUAAGCUGAUUUAACAGGAAAUUCCCUUUCAUACCUUGUUAAUGUUAAGUAUUAUAAUUUUAUGUAAAAGAAUCUGUUAUACGUAAUCGAAGAGUUAAGCUAAUUGUACAGUAUCUUACAUUAUUUAAAAGCAUUUUUAAAUAAUUAAUUGUAAAUUAUUGCUUUAUUUUAUUUAUUACUUAAGGUAUA